CCCGACCGAUCGAAGCGUCAACACAGCAGCAGCAGCAGCAGAGUGUGUUUUCUCGCGACGCCGUUGUGAUCUUCUCCUGCCUCGGAGAGCAGAGCAAGAGGGAAGAUCAGCAAUGGCGACCGGGGGUCCCAGUUCCAUGUCCGCUGGCCUCCUCUUCCUCAACCUCGUCCUGUACGUCGUCGUCGCCGUCAUCGCCGGCUGGGCCAUCAACUACAGCAUCGACGAGAGCUUCAACUCACUGCAGGGGGUGUCGCCGCCGGUGCGGCUGUUCCCGAUCUACUUCCCGAUCGGCAACCUGGCGACGGGGUUCUUCGUCAUCUUCGCGCUGCUCGCCGGCGUCGUCGGCGUCUCCACCUCGCUCACCGGCCUCCACGACGUCAGCCAGGGGUACCCCGCCAGCAUGAUGUCCGCCGCCGCCGCCUCCAUCGUCACCUGGACCCUCACCCUCCUCGCCAUGGGGCUGGCGUGCAAGGAGAUCAGCAUCGGCUGGAGGCCACCGAGCCUGCGAGCGCUGGAGACGUUCACCAUCAUCUUGGCCGGGACGCAGCUGCUGUGCGCCGGGUCGCUGCACGCCGGAGCACACGUAGCCAUCAUACAGAAUCCGAUGGUUAGCAGAGUGUGAGGGCGUCGUCGACCGGGUCGAGGAGGAGGAUUCUGUGCAAAACCGUAUCAAUCUUGGGCGACGGUUUGGUUUGUGGUGUACGUACGUGCGUACGUACGUGUACGCGCGUGAGGAGGAACGUUGUGUUGAUUUAUGCUAGUGUGUUGUGUGUGGAUGUAUAUCCGUGUGGUCGUGGCGAAUUUGUUCAUUUGUAAAUUGUCUCCGGCGGUUAAUUCUUUUAAUUAAGUUUGAUCUAAAGCUUGUGAUUACGAAUUACUGUAUUGUAAAAUGGACUUCUUUUAAGGGUACAA